GUAUGGGCCAUUCUGGAUAUGCACUACGUUAAUAUUCGUAGCAGCUUCAAUAGGGACUUUCGUCACGUACUUGGCACACAAGUUUCAGGAUAAAGAAUGGGAUUAUGAUAUUAACCUGGUCACAUGGUCUGCUGGUUUAUUCUAUGGUUAUGUCACUAUUGUUCCUCUUGGAUUAUACAUUAUUCUCAAGUACUUCUCAGCUCCUUUAGGACUUGUGCAACUUUGGUGCCUCUAUGGAUACUCCUUGUUUAUUUUCAUUCCAGCCUUGUGUCUCUCGGUUGUGCCUGUGGAAGCAUUCAGAUGGGUGAUUGUAGGCAUUGCUGGACUCAUGUCAGGAUCUUUUGUUGCUCUAAACCUUCGCAGUCACAUCAGUUCUGCUGGUGAGAGAUGGUUUCUUAUAGUGGUGGGCAUAUUUUUACUCCAGUUGGGUCUUUCAGUAAUUUUGAAGCUAUAUUUCUUCACAGUUACUGUAUGAAAAAUGUAAGAUAUCUCAUUAUUAUUUGAAAUUGUUUGAUAAUUGAGAAGAGAACAGCUUUAGCUUCCAUUUUUUCCAUAUUGUAAUUGGUACGAUUGUCUUUAGCUCAUGAACGUUCUAGUAAUUGUUCUAUUCUUCUAUGUUUUACAAAUGGCAACUGUAUCUCUAUUGGCUUUUGUGGGAUUAUGAUAAUUUGAUUCUUUA